UAAAUUCAGGACCGACUUUAUAAGGCAGUUGACCCUAAGGGAUGAUUUCAGGAUCCCCUAAAGGCCUUUGUGUUUUAGAAACAACCUUCAUUAGUUAACUCUAAGUCCUAAAAUGUCACUAUUAGAAAGUUGUUACUUUGGCCCAAGGGCUUCCCUCGUGGUUCAGACGGUAAAGAGUCUGCCUACAAUUCAGGAGACCAGGGUUCAAUCCCUCGGUCGGGAAGAUCCCUUAGAGAAGGAACUGGCAACCCAUCCCAGUAUUCUUGCCUGGAGAAUUCCAUGGACAGAGGAGCCUGGUGGGCUAUAGUCCAUGGGGUUGCAAACAGUUAGACAUGACUGAGUGACUAACACUUCCACUUCACUACUUUGGCUCAAGAUUUUGUUAUACAAAUGUGAAUAUCAUCCACUUACUCCAUUCCUUCCAUAGAGAGGAACCUACUAGGACAGACAGCUGGAGGUAAAGUGACUGUGGGUGAAGGCAGAGUGCCCCUCCAAGGGGAAAAUGGCAUGGGAAGGUGGGGUAGGUGGUGGAGGAAAGGGUAAACCCAGCUGGAGCCCUCACGAUUGGUUUUAGGAUACUAAUGGCUUCCUAAAUCAAUUUUUCAUUGGUGUGGUCAUUGAUCAUUUAUGAGCAGGGACAGAGUCCAAGAUCCGUGAGCUGUGGGAAGAGCCGGGCAUUGCAGUUGGACACAGCAGGAUUUGCAUUUGGUUCUACCCGUGUACGGCUGUGUGACUCUGGACAGUUCCCCUAACCUCUCUGUUCCAGGCCUUGCUUGCUGUCUUCAUCUGCCAUAUGGAGGGAGUAAAUAGCACCUCCUGCGUUGUGUGUGUUAAGAGCAUCUCAUGCAGUGUGAGUUUCAGGCAGAGGUGGUGGGUGGUAGGCACUCAAUAAGCUCCCUUUUCUUGUCCAUUUCCCUCUCCCAUUUUUAUACUUUAGAGUUGGUUCACACCAGAUGGUUUGUUUUUUUUCCUGGUGUACAAAUGCUGACAGUUAUUGUGUUGAGAUACACUGAUGGUACUUGAUCACUGGCAGGAGGAGAACAAACAAACUUGCACGAACACACUUGGAAACUGAUGGGUAAGCGGAAUGCAGUGGUAUGCAUUUGGUUUUGAUGACCCAGGGGGAUUUGCUUCUUGUUCUUCACUUUCCACAUCUUAUUGGAGCUCCUUGAGGUUCUCAAUGUCCCCCUUAACCUGGGCGGAUGCACCAUUUGACCGUGAUUCUCAUAUGACUUAGAAAUGAUUCCAUGCCGUGUCAAGGACAGAGGUGAGGCAGAGCAGGAAAGAACAGCAAGUGUAUUUAUGGAUUGUUCCUCCUUUCGGAUGUCGGUAAUGAACGGGAAUCAUCUUCAGACCAAGGUCAGUGUGUAUGGAUUGAAUCACUCGUGCACAGCGGAAAACAUGAUGGUGUUAGGGCUUUACAAAUCUCACGUUAGAGACUAUCUGUCCAGGAUCGAACUUUCCUGAAGGGAGGGUUAGAACUGAACUGUAAAGAAAAGCGUUGUUCACGUAUUCAUUCAUUUGUUUUCUCCCUUAGGAGAGUCACCCAACCAUUUCGAGGUGUUAGGGUCCUUGCUUUGUUUCCAUGAUAUUUUGGUCAGGGUGAAGAACAGGAUUCUUGGGAGUGAUUUUUGCUAUGGCAGGAAAUGGGGACUGCAGCUACAGAAGGUCAAAACCAUGGCAGAAAAGUGGGGAGGUUUUCAAAGUGAAGCCUUGGGAGAAAUAAAGGAAACGGAGGAAAGGGAACCCCUGUCCUCCAGCCAAGAAAUUCCUGCAAAUUUCCUUGCAGGUGAGGAAGGGUUCAUGAGAAUUAAGGCAGAGUCGCCAUGACUGCUAAUUUUAAAUAUCCAGAUGCUUGCUAGUGGGCUGUCUUUACUGUCUCCUCAACUCAGAAUUUCCCUGAUGGCAUUAAGCUUUUUGUCCUUGAUGUCUCCCGUCUCACGUUUACAGGACCCUCACCUCUGAUGUUGGGGAAGAAAUGCUUUCUGGGGGUUGCUCUGUGCCUGUCCUCUGACAUUGUGUUUUUGUCUCCAAAGUGGACACUCUUUCUCUAGUGCCUCAAAAAUUAUGAUAUUCAUAAUCUAUUUUUUCAUUCCUUGAAUUUCUUUAGUGGGAUCCCAGAAGUUCUCUCUUUUUCUUAUCAUUUUCCUCCUAAGGCAGUGGGGUAAUUUUGGGAAGAAUAAGUGAUGUAUGUUAGCAUCAGCUAUACUUAUUUUGUUCAGAAUCUUCAUCAGUGUUAAAAAUCACAUACUAACCAAUCUAUGUGUUGUCAUGGAACAUUCUCCUUUCCCUUGUUUCUAUGAGAGUCUAAAUUCAUUUUUCUAAGUGUUCUGAAGUUUAAAUGUUUCUGGGUUUUUUUAGGUUACCUUUUUUGCCAGCUGAGAAUGCCUUGCAUUGGUGAAUAAUCAGUUUCAGAUCCAGGUUUGCCCCUAUGUUGACUGCUGUGUGAAUAUUUAGCAUCUAUUUAUAUCAUGUUGCAUUGCGAUAUCAGUUAUAUUAUGAGCUGAGAGAUUGUGUUUGACAAAACAUUAUGUUUCAUUUUGGUUAGUUUGGAAAACCAAGAACACUGUUUUGGAACUUCAUCAAUGAAGAUAAAAAUGUUGUGCUUCUUGAUAAUUUUUCUGUCUUCUUCUGGGACGAAAUAUGGAAACAUUUAAAUUAGCGACCUGCAGCUAAAACCAGAGAUUUGCCUGUCUUUCAAGAUGUUGACCUUGAUUUGUUUUCUUUGUGGAAAUGACUGAUUCUCUUAUCCCCCUUUCUGAUCAUGAGAGUUUUAUGUUGUUCUUCUCAGCGUGGCUUUAAAGAUUGUCCAGCUGUACCAUGACAAAUCCUGAGAAUUUAUUUAAUAUAUGAAUGCUUCUGGAGAAUAUGUCAGAUUACUAUUUUGUUAAUCUUGUCCUAGCAAGGCAACACAAUCAAGCUGGGGAAUGCCUAGAGUUUAUUUUGAUUUGUUUCACUUUGGGUUUAAAUUUACCACUCACAGUUCUCUGAAAUACAUAAAAGGUUGCGGGUUUGGUAUGUUGUUUUGCUGUCAUACUAUAAUGAUGUCCAAACAUGACGGUACUUAAAGUCUUUAGGAUCAGACAGAUGGAAAGUCGUUUGCUCUUUCACUAACCAUGUCAGAGAACAUUGGAAAAACAUACGUUUUCCCAGUCUGCCCUUCUCAUAAGUUGAUAGUUGCGCUGUUUGCAUAGCUGACCACCCACUGAAGCCAAGGCACGUGAAACUGCUGUCCACUAAAAUGGGCCUGAAAGUCACGUGGGACCCACCCAAAGAUGCUACCAAUAGAUCCGUGGAGCAUUACAACAUUGCCUAUGGGAAGUCACUGAAAAGUCUUAAAUACAUCAAGGUGAAUGCGGAGACGCACUCCUUCCUUAUUGAGGAUGUGGAACCGGGGGUAGUGUACUUUGUGCUGGUUACUGCAGAAAACAGCAAUGGAGUGAGCCGUCCCGUUUACAGAGCGGAGAGCCUGCCUGGAGGUGAAUGGAUCAAGAUUGAUGGUUUUCCCAUUAAGGGUCCAGGACCAUUUAAUGAAACCGUCACAGAAAAGGACGUGCCCAACAAGCCCUUGCGCGUCCGAGUCCGCUCCUCCGACGACCGGCUGUCAGUGGCGUGGAAAGCACCGCGCCUGUCUGGAGCCAAGAGUCCACGCCGAUCCCGGGGCUUCCUUCUGGGCUACGGAGAAAGUGGCCGGAAGAUGAAUUACGUCCCACUGACGAGAGAUGAGCGAACGCACGAAAUCAAAAAGCUAGCCUCCGAGUCGGUGUAUGUGGUCUCUUUGCAGUCCAUGAACUCCCGGGGGCAGAGUCAGCCGGUCUACAGGGCUGCCCUAACGAAGCGGAAGAUUUCAGAAGAGGAUGAACUGGACGUACCUGAAGACAUCAACGUCCGGGUUAUGUCGUCCCAGUCUGUGCUGGUAGCCUGGGUGGAUCCUGUUUUGGAAAAACAGAAGAAAGUUGUUGCAUCAAGACAGUACACCGUGCGCUACCGAGAAAAGGGGGAGUCGGCGAGAUGGGAUCACAAGCAGGUCUCCAACAGACGUGUGCUGGUCGAGAACCUGAGUCCAGACACCAUGUAUGAAUUUGCAGUCCGCAUUUCCCAGGGCGAACGAGACGGCAGGUGGAGUACAUCUGUCUUCCAGAGAACGCCGGAGUCCGCUCCUACCUCAGCUCCUGAAAAUUUAAACGUCUGGCCAGUCAAUGGCAAGCCUACAGCCGUCACUGUAGCUUGGGAUGCUCUGCCUGAGACCGAGGGGAAAGUGAAAGAGUACAUUCUUUCAUACGCCCCGGCUCUCAAACCAUUUGGAGCGAAGUCCCUCACCUACCCUGGAGAGACGACGUCUGCCCGGGUAGAAGGUCUGCAGCCUGGGGAACGCUAUCUUUUCAAAAUCCGGGCCGCCAACAGGAGAGGAAUGGGGCCUCAUUCCAAAGCCUUCAUUGUUGCUCUGCCACCAAGUAAGCAUGCCCCUACCAGUGAGUCUGACGUUCAACAGAAAACAGACACGGAAGAUCAGCACAAACCUGAAAAGCCUGAGCCUUCCUCAUCUCCUAAAGUGCCAGCUCCCUCAAAACAUACUCACUUGCCUGUUUCUCCCCAAGGGAGAAAUGUCAAGAGCCCACUACUCGACUUAAAGAACAAAAUAUUAGCUAACGGUGGACUGCUCAGAAAAGCCCAGCUUCCCCCCAGGAAGAAUGGAGGUUCGGGUCUUCAGUCCACAGAAAUCACUGAGGAAGAGGAACCAGAUUCCCGCGGGGACCCACCAACCUCGCCCCCAGAGACCCAAGGCCAGAAGUCCCAGCAGAGGCCACCAAGUAGACCUGUCCACCCGUUCCUUGCUGCUGGGAGGACUCCAGUGAGAGCCCGCACUCCCAUGCUGCCGCGAAAGGAAGGCAUGGACCAGCGCGGCUCCUCGCCCACCUCCCACCCUCGUCCGGGGGCGCCCCCCUCCGCAUCUGCAUCUUUUCCUGCCUCCCGUCCACCCCUCGAGAGCAGCACUCACCGCCUUUCUGGGGGACCCUCCACUGGCCGGCCUUCCAGCUCUACCGACAAUGACUCAGUGGGUCUAGAGGAGGAGGAAACCACCGCUCGCUCUCCGCCCGCCAAGGACGCCCUGUCGGAACACCUGCCCGGCAAGAGCGCGGCGCACGCUCGGCCGGCCCUGUCAUCCGGCCGCCACCCGGCCUGGAGCGCCCUGCGCGACCGAAGCGCGGCGCACCAUGGCACAAGACCAGCCCUGCCUGCCCGGAGGGCACCCCACUCAGAGGAUAGGGAGGAAGGUUCCAGGGCCUCAGCCCCACCCUCGAGACUUUCUCCAUCUCCUGGGGGGUCAUCUCGGCUCCUGAUCACCGAACCACAGCCCGGGUCUCCGCUCUCCCUGGGCUGGAAGAAUGGUCAGGAUGCCCCGGCCGCCAGGUCCAACGCGCCGUCAGGGUCCAUCCGGCCGUCCUCGAGGACACAGGCCUCUGAGGGAGCAGGCGACUCCAAUGGCAAUGGUGACAGUGAUACGGAAGAGCGAGGGAGGCCGGCUGCAGCCACGGCCCCAACGUUUAGGUCCCGGCUGCCCGCAGGCCCGCCGGUCUCUGGACACUUCAGUUCGCUCAGAAACAGACCUUUCGCGGCCCACGGCAGAUAUCCACACAGGUUUGGCAAUGGCCGGGGACCCCGGUUGCACCCCUCCAGCUCCCCUCCGUCCACCGCAUCCCCCCGGGUUCACCCGAGGGUGGAUUCUCACCCAGCUUCUGACCAUCGGCGCGGCCCUGGAGGCCAAGAAGACAGCGAAGAGGAGGCUGAAGACGAAAAGCCACUUCCUGCCACCGUGGUGAACCAUCACGUGUCUUCAUCCUCCAGGCAGCCUGCCUCCCGGGGCGCGGACCAUCUGAGAAGAGGCCCCCAGAGAGGGGCGAGCCUGCAGCGGAAGGAGCCCCUCCCAGAGAACCCCAAAUCCACGGGCACUUGGGCUGGGGUCCCCCCUCAGGCCAAACCUCUGUCCUCUAAGGCUCAGGAUACGCAGCAGAGCACAGACGCCGGUGCGGAGGGAGGGUCUCCCCAAACGCAGCGGGGUGGCCAGCCACCUGCGCCACGGUCCCCGCACCACCAGGGGCCCACGGGGCCCCAAAGGAUGGGUGCUGGGUCCGCUGCUCUGGAAAAGUCACCCUCCUCGGCCGUCCCGGCGUCCCAGCCACAACCCCACGGCCCACGGAGCAAGGAAGUGGGGCGUCCACCUUCCAGACCCCAGCCUGCGUUCCCCUCCGAGGCUGGCCGUCCGCACCCCACGUCGCAGGAAAGCGCCUCCUUCUCAGACUCUUACCCGUCCAGAGGCGGACAGUCCUCCCGCGCGGCGUCUCCCCGGAAUCUGGACGAUGACAGCACAGAAACGGGGACCGGGGGCGUCCGAGCGCCCGCGUACUCGGCCGGUGCCAAGGACGCCACCCCGUCGCUUCCCAAGCACCGCCAGGUGGACGCUCAGGCAGGAAGCGCGGGCGAUGGUCACCUGCGCAGGCCCGCGGGCAGGCCCGGCAGCCUGCACCCCCACGCCCGCACCAGGGUCCCGGGCAGAGUAGGCCCCCAGUGGGCGGGCAGGAAGGACGGGGCGUCCCAGGCCUCGCCAGCCAAAAGGGAGCCCCUGCCGUCCAAAUCGCAGCAGUCGGUGUCAGCCGAGGAGGAGAAUGACGACGUGAUGUUCUUUAAGAGAGGAAAGGACAAGGACCCGCAGUCUUCCUCUGCUCCGAAGUGGCCCUCCUCCUUCAGCCCCAGGGGCGGCAAACACGUGGACGGGACCCUCGCUAAGGGGGAGACGGAGCCAGCCAUUGUGCUGGCGCCCCCCAGGGUGGGCUCCCCGCACGACGAGAACGCCACCCCAGUGAAGCGGCCUCUUUCUCCACCUGCGGGCAGCUCACCGAGAGCCUCGCACCUCCCGCCCAGACAGCCCGCUCGCAGCCCCGCCACCAGCCCAAGCCCCACGGUGGGCACCUCCGCGCCGCCGCGGUUCACGACGCGCGCGCCCGCCCCGUCCGCCCCCACCACCCCGAUGCUCUCCUUGCGCCAGCGGAUGAUGAACUCCAGGUUCCGGAACCCGUUCUCACGCGCGCCGGUGAGACCCCCUUCGAGACCAGGUUAUAACGGAAGACCAAAUGGAGAAGGGAGAGUACUUGCUGGUAGUAAUGGAAAACCAAGUGGACAAAGAAUUAUCAAUGGCCCUCAAGGAACAAAGUGGGUUGUGGACCUUGAUCGUGGGUUAGUAUUAAACGCAGAAGGAAGGUACCUACAAGAUUCACAAGGAAAUCCUCUCCGGAUUAAACUAGGCGGAGAUGGUCGAACCAUUGUGGAUCUGGGAGGGACUCCCGUGGUGAGCCCCGACGGCCUCCCGCUCUUCGGACAGGGGCGCCAUGCCAAACCCUUGGCCAAUGCCCAGGAUAAGCCCAUUUUGAGUCUUGGAGGCAAGCCUCUGGUGGGCUUGGAGGUCAUAAAAACAACCACCCGCGCCCCCAUCACAACCACGAGACCCACCACCACCACCCUUCGGCCCACCACGACCCCUCGGCCCACCACCACCACCACUCGCCCAACGACCACCCGAACCACGACCCGGAGAACCACCACCACCACCCCGGAGCCCACAACCCCUAUCCCCACCUGUCCCCCCGGGACCCUGGAACGGCAUGACAAAGAUGGCAACCUCAUAAUGGGCUCACGUGGGGUCCCUGAGUGCUACCCUGAGGAAGAUGAGUUCUCGGGGCUGGAGACCGACACGGCAGUGCCCACGGAAGAGGCGUACGUCAUCUAUGAUGAAGAUUAUGAAGUUGAGACCUCAGGGCCGCCGCCUACCACCCAGCCCUCCACCACCACCACCACCACCACCACCACCACCACCACAACGCCCGCUGUCAUCCCGCCUGAAGGCUCCAUCAGUUCCUACCCUGAAGAAGAAUUCGAUCUGGCUGGGAAGAAACGUUUUGUUGCUCCUUACGUGACGUACCUAAAUAAAGACCCAUCCGCCCCAUGCUCUCUGACUGACGCUCUGGAUCACUUCCAAGUGGACAGCCUGGAUGAAAUCAUUCCAAAUGACCUGAAGAAGAGUGACACGCCUCCUCAGCACGUCCCCCGCAACAUCACCGUGGUCGCGGUGGAAGGCUGCCACUCAUUUGUCAUUGUGGACUGGGACAAAGCCGCCCCAGGGGAUAUGAUAACAGGUUACUUGGUUUACAGCGCGUCGUAUGAAGACUUCAUCAGGAACAAGUGGUCCACCCAGGCUUCAUCAGUAACUCACCUGCCCAUUGAGAACCUGAAGCCCAACACGAGGUAUUAUUUUAGAGUUCAAGCCAAAAAUCCUCACGGCUAUGGACCUGUCAGUUCUUCAGUCUCAUUUGUUACAGAAUCAGAUAAUCCUCUUCUUGUCGUGAGGCCACCAGGCGGCGAGCCCAUCUGGAUCCCGUUUGCUUUCAAACAUGACCCUAGCUACACGGACUGCCACGGCCGACAGUAUGUGAAGCGGACUUGGUACAGGAAGUUUGUGGGAGUCGUUCUCUGCAACUCACUGCGGUAUAAGAUCUACCUCAGUGACAACCUGAAAGAUACAUUCUACAGCAUUGGGGACAGUUGGGGAAGAGGUGAAGACCACUGUCAAUUUGUGGAUUCACACCUUGAUGGAAGAACAGGGCCUCAGUCCUACAUUGAAGCCCUCCCUAACAUUCAAGGCUACUAUCGCCAGUACCGCCAGGAGCCAGUCAGCUUCGGCAACAUAGGUUUUGGAACUCCCUACUACUACGUGGGCUGGUACGAGUGUGGGGUCUCCAUCCCGGGGAAGUGGUAAUCGCAGGAAGAUCGUGCCGGAAGCUCGCCCUGCCGACCCCCUCGUUAACUUGAGUGAGGGCCUGCGAGCAGGAAGAGAGGCAGGGUCCCAAGCCCCCUGCUGUCCCCGGUGUCAGCAAGGCCACACAGUGGACACUGGACACUUCAGGCGUCUUCAAUCUGGAGUUCAGUCCUACGUCUUGGCCUGGACCACACACCGGCUUCAGUGUUGCUGUUAACUUUGCUUCUCUACAGGUUUUACUUAUAACAGCACGUCCCAGAGAUGGCACAGACACUCAGCUAUGGGGAUGCACGGUGCGAUUUUCAUCCUUUUUAGGCCCAAAGUUCAGAUGCUUCAGUAUCUCCAGGGAUCAGUAUCAACAUGCUCAGCUCUCUUCAUGGAACACCACCCGCUUUCUUUUUUCUCACUGGACUCCUCCCAAAGUAGCUAAAUUUAAGCUUUGGAUCCCUCUCUAUGCAGCAGAACUGAAUUAUUAAAAACACCAGCAAAGGAAAUGUAGCCUACUUAAGAUUUAUUCUGUGGACUUACCCACUGCUAGACCAAAUGUAUCAAAUCUUACUUGUAAAUUCUCAAUUUUGAGAUAUAUAUAUAUGUAUAUAUGCAUAUACAUAUCUACACUCGUCUGCAAGGACAUUGAUUAAAAUUGCUAAAUUUGUACUUGUUCACUA